AUGACCGAUCACGCACACUUUUCUCCCCGUCGGACCCGGGGAUCCGGACCAGGUCUACCAGACGUGCUCGCCGUUAACCUUCAUCCCACCUUCCCUCCUCAACCCACAGCUGCGCAUAGUACGCCAAUCACCCCCGAACCUCCUGAAGAGGUAUACGCCCUUCCCUCAGAGCUCGACAUCAAGCAAUUCGAACGACAAGCAGAAUCCAACGCUCGUGCUGCCAGUCGAGCUUUACUUCGCAAUCGUUAUCUUUCUCCUCUUCCCUCUUCAAAAGACGUAGGAUACGACAGUUGUCGUCAACAGCAUGAUUCCUUUACCUCUGCGACUUUACACCCAGAGCACCAACUGGAGCAUGGAGUGUACGACAAAUACGACAAGAACGACACAUAUAAUGAUAAUUCACAUGCUGGAGCUACAAUCCCCAAGCCGGAUUUUCGCGACUAUAUGCCUAGACACGUCCCUUCCACUCACUCUGACACCAUCAACAUGGUUUCACCCAACGUCCAAGGGAUCUCCGAUCCUGCUCGGCAAAAGAUACACAGGACGAACCAAGAGAUCAGGAAAAACGAAGAAGAGAAGCCGAACAAGAUGGAAAUGAAGAAAGAACCUGGUGUUGGGUCAGUGGAGAGUUUAGAAGCUUGGUUCGAUGGGAAGAGACGUAUCCAAAUUCUUACUCCUAUUGCUCCUGUACCUCGUAAAGCUCAAGUAGUCGAGACGAUCUUGACUUCUGCUCAUUAUCCAUCUCGGCCUUUCGUUCGUGACGAAUCAGAGGGAAGGACCGACAGCUCUGAUCAAUCUUUGAUCGUUCAUCUUUCUCCGUCCACUUCACGAACUUAUGCGCUUCCUCACCCGACCAUUGUUUCGCAACAAGAAGAAACAGUGAAGACUUCGAAAGAUCCGACUUUCAAACCUUCAGAAUCACACCAAUUCACCGAUCAUGUCCCAACUCAUGUUCAAGAUGUAAAAUCUUCCAAUAACGUCCAACCUCCUUUCAACACGACUCCACAAACAUUUCAACCCGACCAUAUCCACCGUUUGGUCGAUACCCCGAACUUCUGUGCUCAUUCAGAGUAUGUAGACUCCAGUAUCCGUCCAAUCUCUCGACCUUCCUCUGUGAGAAUGAAUCCUCCAGAAAGACCAUGGGAAUGGAGACGACCACAAUUUCAUCCUUCUCAAUCUCUCGAAGAACUAGAAGCACGUCGUAGAAUGCGUCCACCUAAAUUAGGAGGGAGGUCAAAGAGAGAAGAAUUAGGAAGUGCUGAAGAAUCAUGGUUGGAAUCAGAACCUAUCACUCUUCCUACUUUACCCUCACUAACCUCGAUCGGAGAGAACGUUUUGAAUAGUGGGAGGAAAGGUAUGUUUCAGAUUGAGGACGAUCCGCCUAGUAGAUCUACUUCGCCUUUUAAAGAAUACGCAAGAACGGACAUUGAGGUGCGAGGUAGAGAACAAUUUGAAAGUGAGAAGAGUGUGAGUGAAAGAAGGUCAUAUGGCGUAUCUCGCACAGAUAAAGUAUCUUCCCAGAGAGCUGGAUUUACCAGUCAGAGAGAGGAUUCAAGAAAUGAGCAAGAAAAUGGGAUGGAAGUUGAUAUGGACAUUGGCGACCGACAUAAUGGAGAUGAUCAUAAUCACGAGAUUGAGUCGAAUAAGUGGAUUGAGAGACAAGAAAAGAGGGAACAUGUUCAAAUAUCGAGAUCAGCCAUGACAUGUUCUCGAGCGAACAAGAUUUUCAAAACGACUUCUUCACGUGGACCAAAGAACUCCGGACAUCUUUCCGAACAUAGCAGAGACGUUGUUCGUGCGUUAGACAAAGGAAAAAGACAGGAGAAACGAAAGGUGGAAAUGGAUAUGAGUCUAGAAAUGACUUUAGUAGUUCCCCUUCGAUCUGGUAAAAGUCCUGAUUCUCAAUUUGAUCUUGACUCUGAUUCUGAUUCUGACUCUCGUUCCGACUCGCAGUCCAAAUCCAGAUCCAGGUCUGGAUCUGGAUCCAAAUCUCAUUCUUGGUCCAAAGAUGGAUAUGAAUCUGACAAUAACGGUGGGUAUGGAUCUCCAAGUUUAUUCGAUAUCCGGUAUAGGAGAAGGAAAAUCGUGAGGACGGAGAAGAGAAAGGUUAGAAAGGAUAAGAAGAAAGAAGGGAGAGGGAACGGAAAGAUGGUGUCCCUCGACCAAGCUAGAGAAGAAGCUUUUAAAUUAGCUAGAAAGGGAACAGUGAGGGAAAGUUGGGUGGCAGGUGGUAGUAGUGGACAUCGACACAUUGUUUGA